CUAACCAAUUAAAUUAAAGGACUUUAUCCACGCCCCCUAUCUUUCGACACGCCCUAAUAUCUCGCCACGCUCACUGCUCCAGCCUGCAGCCAACCCUACUUGCUGAGGUCUGAAACAACAACAACAAGCCGAGCAGCCAAUCAAAGAGGGCCGCUGCUGGUUUACGCUUUGAAUCAAACAUGCCUGAAGUUCCCCGCAGAGAACCCCAGUACUCAGACAAUAUUUCCAAGAAAAGAAAACGAAAGGACGUCGACGAUUUAUCCGAGAAAAAGAAAUCGCGCUGGGGUAUUUUGAUUAGUCAAGGUUCAUGGGCGGAUCGUUCUCCACUUCAUGAAGCUGCGUGUCAGGGUCGACUUCUGGCACUUAAGACUCUUCUCUCACAGGGUUACAAUGCAAAUAUCAUCACCAUUGAUCAUGUGACUCCACUGCACGAAGCUUGUCUGGGAGAUCAUGUAGCAUGUGCCAGGGCUCUCAUAGAAGCCGGUGCCAAUGUGAAUGCUACGACUAUUGACGGCGUGACCCCGCUGUUUAACGCCUGCUCAGCCGGAAGUAUCACCUGCGCAGAAGUGCUUUUGGAACAUGGAGCAAAACCACAGGCAGAAGCAUUCCAGCCUUCGCCAAUUCAUGAGGCCUCUAGCAAAGGCCAGGCAGCAUGUAUAGAAUCUCUCAUCUCGUGGGGAGCAGAUGUAGAUUUCGACAUACCUCAUCUAGGAACACCUCUCUACAUCGCCUGUGUCUCCCAGCAGCUCCAGUGUACACAGAAACUUCUGGAUGGAGGAGCGAAUGUGCAUAAGGGCCGUUUCCUUGAGACACCACUGCACGCUGCAGCACAGAAGGACUGUCCAGAAAUCAUCAGAAUGCUGCUCGAUUUCGGCGCUAACAUCAAUGCUCGUAACCUGGAGCUACAAAGGCCACUGGAGACAGCACCACCCAGCAGUACGGCAGAGGCUGUGCUCCUUCUUUAUGAAGCCAUGCCGCGGUCUCUGUGUCAGCUGUGUAGACUGAGUAUUCGAAACUACAUGGGCCGAUCCAGACUGCAUCUGAUUUCCCACCUCAGACUGCCUACUCUGCUCAAGAGUUUCCUCCAGUACAGACAGAUUCUGUAACUCCCUCCAUAAAGCCACCCCACCCCCCCAUUUUCUUAUAUUAAGUGCAUUAAUGUACAAAAAGAUCACGCAGUCUUGCUUGUGAACCCCAACGCACAAAAAACAAAAUCAUGCUAGCCAAUCAUUUUACUUAUUCAAGUUCAAACGUUUUUUUUUUUAUACUUGGAUAUUUUUGUGAAUCUAAUGAAGUUAUAUUUUUGUAAAUAAUAUCUUCACAAGAUUAAUGUAAAUUUAGUCAUUUUAACCCACACAUUCUUAUAUGUCGAUAUAAACAGCAUGCCUAAUAUGAUUCAAAUUGAUCAUGUCAGGAUGAAAUUAUUAAAGUGCAUGUCAAUAUAGUGAAUUUUAUAUAUUUUUUUUAAUCAAAGUAAUAAUAAUAAAAAUAAUAAUAAUUCCCAAAAGUACAACCCUUCAGUUUGCUAUCUGUAUUUUCACAGCUUCCCAAGUUGCAUCCUGACCUGUUAACACAAGACAAAUAAAGAAUGACAUGUAAAAUUU